AUGCACCAUUUGCAUUGUUUCCACGAAGAUCCCGAGCCGGGCACUCGGCCCCUCAAAGAAUGGCCAUGCACCCCUGAUAAAGCUAUAGAGCUUCUCAAGGAGUGGUAUGACAAUGGCAAGCCUUUCUUCACGAAGAAAGAACUUGAAAAUGUUUCGAACCAACUCCAUCGCCGGUACAACACCCGGAGAAAGAGUAAUUCGCAAAAGCAACUGAUCUCUGUCAAGGGCCUCACUGGUUCCAAGAUCUCUUACGAAGUGGUGACUGGACAGCUUCAUAUGGGAGCAGCCAGGAAUGAAGACUGGGAGAUCCAGCAGCCCAAGAUCACAUACUUAUGCUAUGAACAACUCAUUUCGGCAGUGAGUUCGGGAAAAGGUCUGCUAGAGGAAGCCUUCUUCCCAUUGCAGAUCGAGCAUUUCAUGCUCGUGCGCGCGAGUGACACCAAGCUACCCAUCUCCACCCCAUACAUUGAGAACCGUGUGGCUGUGGAUGAGUUUCUCCAAAAUACGCUGAAGUCCUGGAAGGAAUCCCCUGAAUGGCAGAUGCUAAAGGCUCUUCUCAAACAUGUUGCCUCUCAUGAAAUCACGAAGAUCAUCGGUAUCGCGUCUGGAUCAAUGGAAUUUGGUCCCGAUGAUGAGGAUUGCACCUAUCGCAGCGCAAUUCAACACUCCCUUAUGAUUGCGCUCAAAGAGUCAAUUGAAGAUAUGAAUGAUGAAGAGAUCCGAUUCUAUGCGCAGGAGCCUCGCUACACCGCCGUUGACACCUGGGCUCUUGCGGAGCAUGGCUGCGAGGUUCUGGAAGACCCCAAGGCUUUGCUUGAAAUUGACAACGACUGCAUUCUUUUCUCUUGCUGCCCCGCUCUUCCGUUGAAGGAUAUUACUGUUGACUUUGCUCGGCCAGCGAUGCUGAUCUGGGACCGAGUUAUCUAUGAAGGAGAUCGUGGGUUGCAUAAUCCAAACUCCGCUCGGGUGAUGAACAUGGUUGAAGAUGAAUAUGAUCUCUAUUUGUUUUGGGACUUACACGAUACUGUGCUUGCUCCCUUCAAGUCAGAACUUGUUGUUUACAUCCGCCGUGAGGUGGAGUAA